CUUGUUCCGGUAUGAACCCUGAGGAUUUUGAGAGUGCCUAAUUAUGACAUUUUUCUAAUUUCUGUAAAGAAAGAGAAACACAAGAUGGCUGAUCUAACAGGGAUUUACAAUGAGAAGGAACUCCUUUUUGAUUCAGAGCUUUUUAUUAAGACAGAAAUGUGUGAUGGUAGGGAUGCUUGUCGUGUCUGUGAAUUAGAACCUAAAGAUGGAGAACUUAUCAAAGACAACAUAACUGACCUUUCUGAGUUAUCUCUGAAGAUCGAACAAGAUAGAAUACAACAAGAUUCAAAGAUUGAAUCAGAUGAUUCUACACCACGAGAAACAUCAAUAGAUGAUACAGCAGAGACGAGAGAAUUAUGUCACUUUUCUGUACCCAAGGCUUCUUUAAAAACUGAACUAGACUUCAGUAUGCUAUCUGAGUCUGAUGUUGGGAGUGGACAAUGUUAUCAUAUACAACCGAAAUUGUCUGUAGGGACUGAACCAGGUUACAGUAUACAGCCUGAAUCGUCUGUGGCUUACAUUAUACAACCAGUGUCGUUGGUGCCCUACACAGGCCUAGGAAAUGAUUCUUGUGUAGCUGGAGUUUCAGUAAAGAUUGAGCCAGCAGACAACAUGCAGAGUUAUUACGUAGCUGGUAUAGAACAAGGGGAGGGAACUACCCAUGAAUCUAUUGUAGCCAAACCUGUUAAAAAUGAACCAUAUGAAAACACACAUAGAAAGAUUUCUAUAGUAAAUCUUGAUCCAGGGGAGGUAAUUCUCAACGAUUCUAUUGUAGCAGAUAUUUAUCCUUCUAUUAGAAAUCAGCCAGAUGAAAGUACAUAUGUAGAUAUAGGACCAAGGGAGGAAACUCUCGGUGUAUGUCUAGUAGCCGAGCCUUCUAUCAAAAUUGAAACAGAUAUGAACGACAGCUUACUUGAACAGCAUUCUGAAUCUCAUGCAGGACCAAGGGAGGAAAUUCAGGAAACCUACGAUGAAUCCAGUGAAUUUGUGAAUUCUUUAAAAAAUGAAACAGAUCUAAUUGACAGCAGUGACAGCACACAUACACAGGAUUCCGGAGCUUAUAUAGAUCCAGAGGAAGAAAUGCCUUGAGGAAUGUGCUGAAGCAGGGACUUCCGUAAAAAUUGAACCAGAAGGUUUUAAACCUGGAGAAACUUCAAUAGCCAAGCGGCCUGUUACUAGAUGUGUGACCCUCAUACUUCCAGAUAACGCAAAACUUGGUUUGAACAGCUCCCCUGUCAUCCCGGUACAGAAACAUCACAUGUGUAAUAUAUGUGGGAAGUGGUUUUCUAAAGAUAGAACUUUACAGAGACACCAGCAAUUGUACAAUAACAAACCGCACUGUAGGAAUGUUAACUCAUUAACAUGUGGUGUUUGUAGUAAGGCCUUCAGCCAAAAGGAAGAUUUAAUAUUACAUAUAAAAACACAUGAAGAUAAAGAUUUGCAAAGGAGAAAGAAAGAUAAAGAUAUACAAAGGAGAAAGAAUUCAAACUGUCUUCACAAAACAGAAAUCAAAAGAAAAACAAAGAACGCCUCACACAGGAAGAGUAAACGUAGUAAAUGUGGCAAAAAAAUACACGCGUGUGAUUUCUGUGAUAAAAUAUUCAAAACGGCAGUGGCAGUGAGGCAGCACCUCCAGGUCCACUCCAGUGACAAACCAUAUCAGUGUCCAGACUGUGGAAAAUCGUUCAAGCGACAAAGUCAUCUACAAACCCACUCAACCAUUCAUUCUGGAGAAAGACCGUAUAAAUGUAGUCUCUGUGAUUGGUCGUUCACAGAUCAGAGCGGCCUACGGAGACACCAGGUCAUUCACACUGGUGAGAAACCGUUCAAGUGUGACGUCUGUGGAAAAAAGUUCAGUAGGAUCGAGACUCUCCAGAAACAUUCCGUCACACACAUGGAAAAACAGUUCAACUGUGACACCUGUGGUAAAAGUUUUAAUCGUUUGGUGACUUUACAGAAACAUAUAAUAAAACAUUCCCAGGAUAAUCCGUUUCAGUGUGAUGUCUGUGGUAAAGGGUUUUCCGACAGGAGAGGAGUGAGAAGACAUUCCUUGAUCCACACCGGAGAUGCUCAGUUUAAAUGUGUACUGUGUAGUAGAGCAUUUCUUCACUCAUACCAUCUCAGCCGACACAUGAAAACCCACAAAAAAGAUAAGGCCCGCCCGCACGAGUGUGAUCAUUGUGGCCAACGUUUCGUAAACAAAGCUGAUGCAAAAAGACAUGCAAAAAAAGCACACACCAAAGAAGAUAAAUCUUCAAGCUUCGAGACGGAAGAGGUAGAAAAUCUUCCAGAAGCAGAG